AUGCCAGCCGCUUCAGCUAACAGCGGCAAACCCUCACGUGUGAGGCGGAGGAAGAAACGGACAGAAGUUUCCUCGUCUGAAUCCUCCUCGUCGUCAGAUUCGGAGAGUAGUAGUGAGUCAGAGAAAGAUGUGAAGGCUGCCAAGCCGACGAAGGACGUUAAGAAGAAGAACCCGCGAAAAAUACAGAAGAGGGAGUCGCCCGAAUCUUCAAAGGACUCUGAAGACUCAGAGGAAGUCGAUGAUGCUCCGCCACCACAGCCCCAAGAACCAAGCGAAGAUUUCAAAUCCUUCUACCUCCGCAGAGUGACCACCGAGCUCGCGGAUGACCUCGACAAAGUGCGUCAGGCCAGCGAUUUCCAAGACCGGAGCUUGCCUAUGCUUGUGCAUGCCCUGCAGCAGGGUGAGAGUAUCUUCUCGAAGGAGGAGAAGGCGAGGAUUCUGGCUGGGAAGAAGUAGGCAGUGUGGUUUUGGGUUUAUUGGAGAUUUGGUAUCAUUAGGGCUUCUGUCGGAGUUAAUAGGCUGAUUUUGCAUCUGAAGCAGGGCCUUGAGGAGUUGACAUUAAGAUCUUGCGCUGAGCAGUACGUCUAGAGGUCCGUCAAAAAGUUUAGCCCCGCUCAAAAUCAUUCUAUGAAGCGUCUAGUUUCGAGUGUGGUG